GUUCCUCCCGAUCAUCGAUUCUAGAAAAUUGUAACCAAUAUAGCGCCAGUGUGGGUUCGCUUAUCAACCGGAAUGCAAUUCAGUACGAAAAGUGCAAUGAAUGCAGAUGCCAGGGACUGAUAGGAGACCCUCGGGACGGGCACUUGGUAUUAUCAUGCCGUCAGUAGCACCCCGGACACGAGCCCGAGAGAGACUCGAUUCGAAAACACCGAACACCGCGCAUAUAUAAACAGUCUGGACAGGAAUCAUGAUGCAAAGUCAGACUAUUCUAAACUGGGGUAUUGCGGCAGCGGGCAGGAUAACACAGGACUUUGUGACAGCCUUAGCGACCGUCGAGAAGUCCUGUCAUGUAGUGGUGGCCGUGGCUGAUGUGGAUGGCCAGCGGGCUCAGGACUUUGCGCAGCGCAAUCAGAUCCCGAGGCACUAUGAUGGUUUCGAUGCCCUGGCCCUGGACCGGGAGGUUGAUGUGGUUUACGUGGGCACUCUGAAUCCGUAUCAUUACGCGGUAGUCCACCUGAUGCUGGCCAGAGGGAAACAUGUGCUCUGCGAGACUCCCAUGUGCCUCAGUAUGGAUCAGGCCAAGGAGCUGUAUGCCCUGGCGGAGCAGAGGGGAGUGUUCCUGAUGGAAGGGAUGUGGUCUCGCUUCUUUCCCAGCUACGAACGCCUGAGGGAGCUCCUAAACGCAGAUGCUAUUGGCGAGGUGACCCAAGUGAAGAUCCAGCACGGCUUUCGUUUGGCCCACAUGGAGCGGGUUUGCAGUCGCUCUCUGGGCGGCUCCAUACUCCUGGACAUUGGCAUUUACGCCCUGCAGCUGGGUCAGUUUGUGUUUGGGGUCUCGCCAGUGAAAAUCCUGCCCAGCGGCACGCAGCUCAACAAGGAGCGCAUUGAUGUCCAGGGCGAGUUCAUGCUCGACUACGGCGAUGGCAGACGACUGGUGGCAUUGGUCACGGGUCUAGAGAAUCUGGAGAACGACGCCGUCAUUACGGGCACCAAAGGCGAGAUUAAGCUGUCGAACUACUGGUGCUGCACCCAGAUGGCCCGCUCGAACGGACCGCCCGAGUCCUGGCCCCUGCCGCGAGCCAAGUUCGACUUCCACUACACCAACACCUGCGGCCUGAGGUACGAGGCGGAGGAGGUGCGUCGCUGCAUCGAGAAGCGUCUGCUGGAGAGUCCCAAAUUCACGCACGCCGAGAGUCUGGAGCUGAUUGCCAUCUGCGAUGAGAUACGGCGUCAGAUAGGCGUUACCUUCGAGGACUUUUAGCUUAAAUUAGUUUUAAAUAAAGAAUUAUAUUUAUAAAUAACAUCGAUACGGUGGAUAAUAUUUACCUGAA